AUGGCCGCAAGCCUACUCGAAGUGUCCCGUUUCCGCUUUCCCUACGAAUUCGCUGCAAAACAACCAGAAGACACUAUACAGAUAGAGUUUCGCGUUCGGCACGUCACCUUUCGCUAUGUGCCGCCUUAUUUGCACAUUUGUAUUCAUGGACUAUGGCGAAUCUGUGUCCCACAACUCCCUGGGUUCCUUAUGCAUGUCUUGCAUUUACAUCAUGACCAUGUGACAGCCGGCCACUGGGGCCAGAAGAAGACCUUCACGGCUCUUAGUAAGCACUACUACUGGCCAUGGAUGCGUGCCUACACUACUGCAUAUGUUGAAUCCUGUACUCACCGUCAUGCGUCUAAGUCUCUGAGCCAGAAACCUGCAGGCCUUCUUCAACAGCUACUCAUCCCUUCGCGUCGGUGGGCACACGUGAUCCUCGAUUUUACCACGGAUCUUCCCCUUACGAGGACAGGGAACGACUCGAUUCUCGUGAUGGUCGACUCUCUGAGCAAGAUGGCUCAAUUUGUUCCUGCAAAGAAGUCAUUCACAGCAGCAGACACCGUGGAGCGUCUCGCAGACCGUCUUAUCCGCUACCACGGAUUUUCAGAGGUGCUCAUAUCGGACCGCGACCCUCGCUUCCAGUCAGACCUCUGCCCACAACUAUGUCGUCGCUUCAACAUCAAACGCGCCAUGUCCUCGUCCUACGAUCCGCAAAGCGACGGUCAAACUGAAAGGGUUAACCGCACACUGAAGCAGAUGCUUCUUACCUACAUCCAACCUGACGAACGCCAGUGGGAGCGCUUACUUCCGGCCCUGGAACUUGCCUACAACACGACAUGCCAUUCAUUCAUCGCGCUCUCUCCCUUCGAGGUCAUGAUCGGCGAGAACCCGCUGACUGCUGCGAAUCUUGAAUUCGUAGGCGCGUUAGCCCCGACCAUCACUCCUCCGAUGACCAAGCUCUUCCGGCAGCUCUGCGACAGAGCGCAGAGCCACAUACAGAAGACAGAAUGGAAGCAGGAAUAUUACGCAGACAAAAAGCGCCGAGCUGUGGAGUAUGCAGUGGGCGAGAAGGUUUGGCUGAGCAGCAAGCAUCUACCGGCGUCAUCUAGCUGCCCUAAGUUCGAGCCCCGUUACCGAGGACCCUUUGAAAUCAUUGAACGAAUAGGCACCGUCGCUAACCGUCUCGCUUUACCUCCUACUUAUGCAUGCCACAACGUUUUUCAUGUUUCGCAGCUAGUUCCCCACUGCCCCCGCCCUCCAGACUUGGUUCCCCAGGAAGCCGAUACCGCCUGGCCCCCUAUCCGCGAUGCGGCAGGUAAUCCGACAGAGAAGUAUGAGGUCGAUUAUAUUAUGGACCAACGCGGCUCAGGCGCCGAUGCCCAGUACCUCGUGAAGUGGCGAGGCACCCCAGAAGAUCAAGCCACGUGGGAGCUCGCUAACCGCCUAACAGGAUAUCAGGCUUUGCUCCGUGCUCGGCACCGCCGUCAGAAAAGACAUCUUCAGGCUAGAAACAAUCUUGCUCCUUCCGAGGUGUAG